AUGGUGUCUUCGUCUCGAUCAGUUGGAUCAACGAGUGGGGUAAACAAGUCAAACAAUGGUCCCUCUAGGACGUGCUACUGUGGACUAGCAGCCCUAAUGAAGAUAUCAACGAGUGAGAAGAAUCCUGGUAGAAGAUACUUUGGGUGCAUGUACUGGCCCGAUGAAGUUGAAGACUUUAGCUACUUUGAAUGGUAUGAUGGUGAAGUAUGGUACAAGGAACUUCUGCUUGAAGUUGUGGUAAAGAAGAAAAAAGCAUUGGACAGGGAAAAGGGAACCCUCAUCAUGGUGAAAUAA